AAGGCUGAUAAUAGUAUGAUGAACUUAAUCAACAACAUGGUUGUGUCUUUCAGUUGGGUUUCUACUUUCACACUUAUUCUUUCCUUGGACUGUCUAAGCACAAAAGUUAAUGGAACUGGAUUGGACAGUGAAGAUGAACCAGAAGUCAAGUAUGCAGUUCUUGGAGCUGGAAUCGGUGCCAUCUUUGCUUUAUGUUUUCUUGCAGUAAAGCUCUAUAUGAUUAAAAAACAUAUGCUUGACAAUGAGCUUUCAGAUACUGGAACUGGCAAAUGACUUUAAGGAGUGAAAGAAGAAGUAGUCUGAAGUGACAAGAGGAUAUGUCUUGCAAGAAAGUGUGAAACCAUACUGGUUUGACAAAAAGAGCUUUGCUGAAAAUGUAGUUUCUUAUCUUAGCUUAAUGGAAAACUGAACCCAGUGCAGCAAUCCAUUUUUUCUAAAAAACCAAACUGACUUUUCUGAAAUGACUCAACUUUUAUUUACAUAUAUAAUUGAUAAUGUCCUUUUUAAAAUAUUUGUAAAUAUUCUUGUCACUAUGCUAUUUAGCAGUUUUGGCUGUUAAACCUCUUGUGUUUUAAAUACAUUACAUUAGCUUUUGUGCAAAUAAACUGUUAAGUUUCAAAAAUGUAAGACAUGGUACAUAUUAAAAGCAAGCCAGUGAAGCAUGGUAUAUACACCACAGUUAUCUUUGAGAUAAUCAGAGACUAACUAUGUAUGUACAUUUCCUGUCUCAGACACCUACUGAAAAGGUCUUAGUGACAAGAAAACAGUUCUGAAUAUUACAUGUUGGAGGACCUGUUUUUGAUAAGAUCUGUGUUCAAUACAGGGGACACCAGUUUACCUCCAUGAAAGAUAGUUAUACUUCUCGACAGGCCAAAAAAGCCUAGUCCUUAAAGGUUUCUGUUUGUUUGUUUGUUUUUAUAUUGUAGCAUUCUGCCUAUUGAUUAUCACAAUGGUAAGCUGUUAUUUGUUACAUUUGUAUGCCCACUUUUAUAUGAAGAAAAAAACAAAGAAGAAAAAAUAAAUCGAGUCAUUGUUUUAUCAGUUAACUAUAAUUGCCAAUUGGUAGUCUGCUAUAGCACAUCCCCCUGAUGCUUGCUCAAUGGGUUAAUGUAUUAUAAAGAUUAUAUACAAUAUCUAUAGCUCAAACAGAAUGGGGUUUGCAUUGUUUUUUGUUUUUGUUUUAGAUGCUCUAAGAAGACCUGAACAAUUUGGACAAUAUUACAAUAUAGCAAUAUGAUUUUCAACCAUGUCUUAAAAAUAAAUUAACUCAUAUUGUAGUCUGAUGCUCAUAAAAUAAUUAGCACAUGAUGUCUUCUGUGCAUCAGAAAGCAA